AUGCACUGUGAAGUGCGGCGGGAUGACCUGACCAACGACCGCGACCUUACCAGCGGGGCACGAGGACGCCCUACACCGCCCGCGACCUUACCAGCGGGGCACGAGGACGCCCUACACAGCCUGCGACCUCACCAGCGGGGCACGAGGACGCCCUACACAGCCUGCGACCUCACCAGCGGGGCACGAGGACGAGCUACACCGCCCAUGACCUCACCAGCGGGGCACGAGGACGCCCUACACAGCCUGCGACCUCACCAGCGGGGCACGAGGACGAGCUACACCGCCCGUGACCUCACCAGCGGGGCACGAGGACGCCCUACACCGCCCGCGACCUCACCAGCGGGGCACGAGGACGCCCUACACAGCCUGCGACCUCACCAGCGGGGCACUAGGACGAGCUACACUGCCCGCGACCUCACCAGCAGGGCACGAGGACGCCCUACACCGCCCGCGACCUCACCAGCGGGGCACGAGGACGCUCUACACCGCCCGCGACCUCACCAGCAGGGCACGAGGACGCCCUACACCGCCCGCGACCUCAACAGCGGGGCACGAGGACGCCCUACACCGCCCGCGACCUCACCAGCGGGGCACGAGGACGCCCUACACAGCCUGCGACCUCACCAGCGGGGCACGAGGACGCCCUACACCGCCCGCGACCUCACCAGCGGGGCACGAGGACGCCCUACACCGCCCGCGACCUCACCAGCGGGGCACGAGGACGCCCUACACAGCCUGCGACCUCACCAGCGGGGCACUAGGACGAGCUACACUGCCCGCGACCUCACCAGCAGGGCACGAGGACGCCCUACACCGCCCGCGACCUCACCAGCGGGGCACGAGGACGCUCUACACCGCCCGCGACCUCACCAGCAGGGCACGAGGACGCCCUACACUGCCCGCGACCUCAACAGCAGGGCACGAGGACGCCCUACACCGCCCGCGACCUCACCAGCGGGGCACGAGGACGCCCUACACCGCCCGCGACCUUACCAGCGGGGCACGAGGACGCCCUACACCGCCCGCGACCUCACCAGCAGGGCACGAGGACGCCCUACACCGCCCGCGACCUCACCAGCAGGGCACGAGGACGCCCUACACCGCCCGCGACCUUACCAGCAGGGCACGAGGACGCCCUACACCGCUCGCGACCUUACCAGCAGGGCACGAGGACGCCCUACACCGCUCGCGACCUUACCAGCAGGGCACGAGGACGCCCUACACCUCCAGCGACCUCACCAGCAGGGCACGAGGACGCCCUACACCGCCCGCGACCUUACCAGCAGGGCACGAGGACGCCCUACACCGCUCGCGACCUUACCAGCGGGGCACGAGGACGCCCUACACAGCCUGCAAUCUCACCUGCCCUACACCGCCUGCAAUAUACGAGGGGGAGUAGCCACAUAUCCAUCAAUGUUUCUGAUACAGUACUUGUUGCUCCUGCACCGGGCAACUUCAACCUCGGCUACACCUGCUCCGACAACACCUACCGUCACAGAUGCAGUUGACAAGCUUGUGGGUGCGCGCUCUACACCAGUCGGCAGGUUUUCUUCUCGUCAAUCACCCACUAUUAAUGUCCCAGCUGACACGCUUGCGGACGUGCUUUCUGUUCCGGCCGGCAGUACUAAUGAAGCUCAAGCCUCUGCAUCUAACCCUGCAACGCCCCUGCAGCCCUCUACCGUAGAGGGCUCCUUCUCUUCAACCGACUCCAACGCCUCAGUCAACAUUACCGACGCCCCUACCACCACGCCUAUACACGCCACUGUCCCAGGGGCCUGA